AUGUCAAGUCCAAACCAAGCUAUGAAUGAUUUCUUGACUGAUUCUAAUAAUAACAACAAUAACAUUAAUAGAAGUAAUACGAAUAAAAAUGAUAGUCGGGAUGACGUUCCAAUAAAUAGUAAUAACGGUGCUACUCGUAACGAUGAUUAUGAUUACGAUUAUGAAAUGCAAGAUUAUAGAACACCUGCUCAAAUUAAUAGGUCAAACACAACAACAAGUAAUCGUCCCACAACUAAUUAUAUCAUCCCACAAUAUUCUAUGAACAUGGGUCAAGGUAUGAAUUCAUUCCCUAUACAAGAAGUCGUACCGAGUAGUCAAAUGGCAAUAUCAACAGGGAUUGAGACGCAUCAUCAUCAUCAUUUCACAGAUAAUAAUAACAAUAAUCCUGGAGAUAAUUCAAAUACAAGAAUUUUAAGACCAAGAGGACAAACCACUGUAUCAACAAAUAUCCACAACGUAAAUGAAUUCUAUAACAAUAAUAACAACAAUCCGGACAACACUAGUGCCAUUCAUUCUACUUCACAAUCACAAUCACAACAACAACGUCAAGAAAGAAAUUCAAAUACAGGUCAUACAUCUCCUACUCAAUUACAACAACAACAAUAUAACGAUCCUUUCCCCCUAUACCACGAUAUGAAUAAUAACAACGAAGAUGAAGAACCAAAUGUUCCUAUGAUGGUCAAACCAAAAACAUUAUAUCAAAAUCCACAAACUCCAACAGUCUUACCAUCCACAUAUCAUCCAAUCAAUAAAUGGUCCGCUAUGAAACAAUCAUAUUUGAAAGAAUUCCUUGCAGAAUUCUUAGGGACCAUGGUAAUGAUACUUUUCGGAACAGCAGUUUGUGUUCAAGUCAACGUAUCAGGUAAAUUACAACAAAACAAUUUCAACGAUGCACUAUAUAAAUUAUCUUCUAACAAUACAAUAAACGCUAACACCGUGGAAACAUUCCAAACUUUACAAAAUUUAGUAUCAAGUGUCUCUGGUGGUACUUUCGAUGAUAUACCCCUAGGUUGGGGUGCUGCUGUCGUCAUGGGAUAUUUUUCAGCAGGCGGGAGUGCCAUCUCCGGUGCUCAUUUGAACCCCUCAAUUACCUUGGCUAAUUUAAUGUAUAGAGGAUUCCCCAUUAAAAAAUUACCAUACUAUAUUGGUGGACAAAUGCUUGGUGGCUUUGCAGGAGCUUUAAUUCUUUUCAUUUAUUAUAAGAAAGUCUUAAUGUACGCAUAUGAUGAUUGGUGGAUGAAUGAAAGUGUCAUUAAUAUGUUCGUGACUGUUCCGAAACCGUUCCUAUCGACGGCAAGACAAUUUACAAGUGAAUUUAUUACUACUGCGGCGUUGCAAGCUGGUAUUUUCGCAUUGACUGAUCCUUAUACUUGUUUAUCUUCAGAUGUGUUCCCGUUAAUGUUGUUUAUUUUGAUUUUCAUUUUAAAUGCAUCAAUGGGAGUACAAACUGGUUGUGCUAUUAAUAUGGCAAGAGAUUUGGGACCAAGAUUAGCGUUAUAUGCGUGUGGAUUUGAUAGGAAACUUUUAUGGGAAAGUCAUCAUCAUUAUUUUUGGAUCCCAAUGGUCGCUCCCUUUGUCGGGGCCCUAUGUGGUGGAUUAAUUUAUGAUGUUUGUAUUUAUCAAGGUCAUGAAUCUCCUGUUAAUUGGCCAUUGGCAUUAUAUAAGGAAUAUUUCUUAAAUAUUUGGUUUAGAAGACCUGGUUGGAAAAAGAGAAAUAGAGCAAGAGCAACUUCUGAUUUAUCUGAUUUCUCAUAUAAUAACGAUGACGACGAAGAUGAAGAAGAAGGUAAUACAACAAAUGAUUAUGAAAGUAAUGGAUUAAAUGAUUCUGAUUCUAUAAUGAAAAAUGCUGAAUUUACUGAAGAGACUAAACGUCCAAAAAAUGAUGUUAGUGGUAAAAGUAUACUGAAGGGGUCUAAAAUGAAGAAGACUAAAUCAAAAAUUUCGACAAAAGAAUCCAAUUCUAUUUCAACUGAUACUAACAAUCAUGUUCAAUUUAGAUCAGUACAAAGAAAUGGUUCUAGAGGAUAUGGUGGUAUUCCUACCAUUUUGGAAGAGGAAGAUUCAAUUGAAACAGCAUCAUUGGGAAGUUCUGAAAACCAAUCGCUAAAUUUUUCUGAGGGUUCAUCUGGACCAUUUAUAGACCAUAACCUUUCAAAUAAUAGCUAA